AUGAAAAGAGAUUUGGAUCAAGUAUCAUGGAAGAGACAACUGACACUGAGUGGUAAAACAGAGAUCUGGGUGCAGGGAAUGGAGGAAAAUAAUCAAUGGAAAUUUCACGACGGCACCUUGAUGUCUCGUAUUUGUCUCGCUGGCGAGACUAACGGCGAGAGUGAAAUUCACAUGAGAGCCAAUACAACAUGUCCAACGGGCUAUGUCGUAUACCACCACACUUAUAUCGAUAUUUGUCUACUGUAUGUACCAAUCAAAGCUAAGUACACAAUUGCCUCGUCACACUGCAAACAAAAUGGCGGCGAUCUCAUCAAAAUUGAUACUUUGGAGAAAUACGAUUUUUUCAAAUAUUAUUUGGGUCAAUAUACAGGUAAUGGCCAGUUCCAGGUUUUGGUUCAAGAAAUAGAAGAGAACAACACCCAAUGGAGAUUCCACGAUGGUACACUGAUGCCUGGUCACUGUCUUGCUAGUCUGUCUGGCCUUGAGGGCAAAAUUCACAUGAGGGCCAUGAGUAGCCUAGACUUUAAAUGUCAAGACGCCUAUCCCACGGAUAAAUAUCACUUUAUGUGUUAAAUAAUCGUGUAUUUCUUAGUUUCCAGUAAGCUGGGAUGUACACCCAAUAUCACUUUAUGUGUGAAAUAUAUCGUGUAUUUCCUAAUUUCCAGUAAGCGGGGAUGUUCAUCCAA